AUGACAACGAGCUUUAAUAGUCCGACCAGGAGCCCUGCGAGCUCCAGGAUACAAUUUGGCGGCCUUGGCAGUGUUUCUAGGCUGAGAUCUUCCUCCCUCAAGAAGCCGCCGGAGCCGCUUCGGCGUGCCGUUGCCGAUUGUUUGUCUUCUUCGGCUCCAUCGAACCAUGGGAGCCCUUCCUCAACCGCCUCCGAAGCUUUACGGACACUUAGGGAUUAUUUGGCUUCAAGUUCAACAAUUGAUUUGGCUUAUGGCGUGCUUUUAGAACACACACUUUCUGAAAGGGAACGCAGCCCAGCUGUUGUUGCAAGAUGUGUCUUGCUUUUGAAACGGUAUCUUCUAAGAUACAAACCAAGCGAGGAGACAUUGCAGCAGAUAGAUCGUUUUUGUGUUAGCAUAAUUGCUGAGUGCGAUAUAAACCCAAAUCGUAAAGUAGCACCCUUGCUCGGUCCUUUAAGUCAGCAAUCUGGAGCAUCCACUGUGUCCGCAAAACUUUCUCCUCUGCCCGUGUCAAAUUUUGCAUCGGGGUCUCUCAUGAAGUCACUAAAUUAUGUUCGCUCUUUAGUUUCUCAAUACAUCCCAAGACGAUCUUUUCAACCAGCAGCUUUUGCGGGAGCGCCUUCUGCCUCAAGGCAGACACUUCCAACCUUAUCAUCUCUAUUGAGCAAGUCUUUCAAUUCCCAACUCAGCCCUGUUGGUGGUACAGAACCUUCUGAAAAGAAAGAAGCAUCAGCCUUAUCAAUUUCAAAUUCGUCAAUUCCUGAAGAAGUUGAUGGAUCAGAAAACCAUGAGUACAUUCCCAUUGACGUUUUUAAAUGGCGGUGGUUUGGAGACCAACAAUCGUCGCUUCUUUCAGCUAAAAGUGAUCAUGUUUUGAGACCCCAAGAUGUCAGCGCACAUAAUUUUCUGGAAGUAGGUGCAGCUGCUCUUCUUGUGGGAGACUUGGAAGCUAAAAUGAAAGGCAAACCUUGGGGGACUUUUGGGACCGCUGAAAUGCCUUUUCUCGAUCAACUUCUACAGCCGUCCUUGCUUACAACUGUAACAAAUUCUGCCGCUGCUCAUGGGCAUCUAAGAGCAAUAACAACAUUGAAACGCUCAAAGCCUGGACCUCAACAAAUUUGGGAAGAUACUCCAUUGAAUACUUUUCGUCCCCGAGCAAGGCCUCUUUUCCAGUAUCGCCAUUACAGUGAACAGCAACCUUUACGUUUGAAUGCCGGGGAGGUAUGUGAAGUUCUUGCUGCAGUUUGCACUGAGGCACCAUCUCCAAAUGCUAAUGCUCUGACAGUCUCAUCCAAAUUAAGCAAUAACAGUGGAAGGCCCUCAAUGGAUGUGGCAAUGAGUGUGCUUGUUAAACUAAUAAUAGACAUGUAUGUUUUGGAUCCUGAAACUGCCGGUCCACUUACUCUAUAUAUGCUCGAGGAAAUGCUUAAUUCACCAAAACUGGUGUCCAAAUCUAGGGCUUUUGAUUUGAUUCUCAAUCUUGGUGUUCAUGCACAUCUAUUGGAGCCGCCACCACAGGAUGAUCCUGCAUUGAUUGAAGACGAAUAUUCUCAAGAACAAAAUUUGGACAAUGAAGUGCCACUUCCUUCACAGGGAAUGAGGAAGAUGAAUUAUCUUAAGAAAAUCGGAAGUUCUUUAGCUGUUGACAAGUUUGAGUGCUGGAUUCUGGGUAUUCUCUCUGAGGUUCUUCUUCAUCUCGUCCAGGUUGAAGAGAAGGAAGAAUCUAUCUGGGCUUCUGCCUUGAGCUGCUUGCUUUAUUUUGUCUGUGAUAGGGGCAAAAUCCGAAGGUCCAGAUUGAAAAUACUUGACAUACGUAUUAUCAAGGUCUUAUUGAAAGUUAGCCGGGAACAUUAUUGGGCUGAGGUCGUUCGAAGCAAGCUAAUCUGCAUGUUGACAAACAUGUUUUAUGAAGUUACUGAUGGAUCUGGUAAAGGUGCUUCGGCUAGCCCACUGCAUUUCAUCGAGCAGGUUGAUCUGAUCGGAGGAAUUGAGUUUAUAUUUGUUGAGUUAGUGCUUUCAAACUCCAGAGAUGCGAGGAAUAAUUUAUAUCUGGUGCUAUUUGAUUAUGCCUUGCAUCAAAUAAAUGAAACAUGCGCCACAACAGGGGUUUCUGAAUAUAGUGACGAAGAGAUCCAACCUAUUGCUAACUUGCUCAUGUUGGCUGAUGCUGCCGAGGCAUUACACAUUUCUGUCAAACUUGGUGUUGAAGGCAUUUUGCAGCUUUUGAAGAGAUCAGUUUCUGCUGCAUUGUUGAGAUAUCCAAAUAGUGAUAGACUAGUUGUGCUGAUGGAGAAGAUCGUUGAGAAGUUUGAUGCACUUAUAAGAUCCUUUACUCAUGUGGAUAAAGAAUUUGGUCAUAUGAUAAAGACAGCUAAAUCCUGCAAAUUUCUGGAAAGCAUCGACAGAUAUCAAAUCAGCCACAGCAACAAAGCAAAGCUCUCUUGGGCCACUUUACACUCUCUACUACAUUCUGACAUACCCCAAUAUCGUCAUCAUGGAUAUCUGUGGUUGGGUGAAUUGCUUAUAUCUGAAAUUAGUGAGAAUGGUGAAAUGAGUAUCUGGUCAAGGAUUCAAAACCUGGGGAAUAAAAUUUCCCUUGCUGGUGUUAAUGAUGACACAGCUGCACUGGAUGUACCUUUGCAUGUUUGGCUUCUAUGCGGACUUCUAAAGUCGAAAAAUAAUUUUAUUAGAUGGGGCUUUCUGCAUGUCCUGGAGAGGCUUCUUAUGCAGAGCAAAUUCCUUUUAGAUGAGAGUGACGUCAAUCCUGCCCCAAAUGUUGAAGCUGCUGGGCAUGGAAAUGACAAUAGCCGUCUUGAGAAAGCUAAUGCGGUCAUUGAUAUUAUGAGCAGUUCCUUGUCUUUAAUGGCUCAGAGAAACGAGACCGACCAUAUCAACAUAUUGAAGAUGUGCGACAUUCUGUUUUCCCAAUUAUGUUUGAAAGUCACGCCUCCAACUGCAACUCCCCUCGGAGAUGUUAUGCUAGGUGAUAAAGAUGCUAAUGGAGAUUGGUACCAAACAGCCAAUGCAGAACCUUUAUCUCAAAAGGAGAAUGAUAACUGGGAAUUGUCUUCUGGUGAAACUAAGAGCAAAUUUGACCAAAAGAAAAGUUCCUUGGUCGAAGAGACUGCAUCUAUGGCAGCAUUGCUACUUUGUGGGCAGGCAAUUGUUCCCAUGCAAUUGCUUGCUCGUGUUCCUGCUGCUUUGUUUUAUUGGCCUUUAAUACAACUUGCAGCUGCUGCGUCAGACAAUAUUGCUUUGGGGGUUUCCGUUGGUAGCAAAGGAAGAGGAAAUGUACCUGGUGCAACAUCUGACAUCAGAGCUACUCUUUUGUUACUAUUGAUUGGCAAAUGUACUGCAGAUCCUGCUGCUUUUAAGGAAUUUGGUGGUGAAGAGUUUUUCUGGGGGCUGUUGGAUGAUCCUGAUUCAAGGAUAGCUUAUUAUUCUUCAACUUUUCUUCUAAAGGCAAGUUUACUACUAGUGCUUCUGACCAUUAUAUGCAAUCUUAUAUGA